UGUUGGUUUAGAAAGUCCGUUUGGCAGACACGGAGAUAUGGAUUAGAUCCAUUUCUACACUGUGGCUCUGUGGGGUUAUCUACUUAAUUAAAUUAAACACCAAUUUUCUCCAAAAAAGAUGAUGUUAGUAAGGAUAGCUUUAACCAACCUACCAACCUCACUCAUUUAUGAUUUAUUCAUGAAUCCCAUCUCCCUCCCUACCCAAGGAAACAACACUUUGAUUUCAUUUGGAACCGCAUAAGAUGGCUUGCACCGCCGCCCGCAGCCUCGGAAAAUUCUGUGGGAUUUGGUCUUCGGCUUCGAGGGGUCUGGGGACGGCCGCCGUCGACGGCGAAGGCGGCACCAAGAGCAUCAAUUUGUUCUCCGCCAUAAACCAGGCCCUUCAUAUAGCCCUGGAUACCGACCCUCGUGCUUAUGUAUUCGGGGAAGAUGUGGGAUUUGGUGGUGUUUUCCGCUGCACUACUGGUCUAGCUGAUCAAUUUGGCAAACGUCGAGUUUUCAACACUCCCCUCUGUGAGCAGGGCAUUGUGGGAUUCGCAAUUGGUCUGGCAGCUAUGGGAAACAGGGCAAUAGCUGAAAUUCAAUUUGCAGAUUACAUUUUUCCUGCUUUUGAUCAGAUUGUGAACGAAGCUGCUAAGUUUAGAUACCGGAGUGGCAAUCAAUUUAAUUGCGGAGGCUUAACAAUCAGAGCACCUUAUGGCGCCGUGGGCCAUGGAGGCCAUUACCAUUCUCAGUCCCCCGAAGCUUUUUUCUGUCAUGUUCCUGGUAUAAAGGUUGUGAUUCCACGGAGUCCUCUACAAGCUAAAGGACUACUGUUGUCAUCCAUCCGCGACCCAAAUCCAGUUGUAUUUUUCGAACCAAAGUGGCUGUACCGGCUUGCAGUGGAAGAAGUCCCAGAGCAAGAUUACAUGCUACCUCUAUCAGAAGCUGAGGUGAUUCGGGAAGGGAGUGACAUAACACUUGUUGGAUGGGGGGCUCAGCUAUCGAUUAUGGAACAGGCCUGUAUGGAUGCUGAGAAGGAGGGCAUCUCAUGUGAAUUAAUAGACCUGAAAACUUUAAUACCAUGGGAUAAGGAAACAGUGGAGGCAUCCGUUAAUAAAACCGGAAGACUUCUGGUAAGUCAUGAAGCUCCAACAACAGGUGGAUUUGGUGCAGAGAUAUCUGCCUCCAUAGUUGAACGUUGCUUUUUGAGGUUAGAAGCUCCAGUAGCAAGAGUGUGCGGCCUGGAUACCCCUUUUCCUCUUGUAUUUGAGCUAUUCUACAUGCCAACCAAGAACAAGGUUAGCUCCAAACAAAGAUACAACUCGUCAUUCUCACGAUAUAUAUAGUUUUGAUAUUGUGGAAUGACUGCACUGCAGAUAUUGGAUGCCAUCAAAUCCACGGUUAACUAUUAGCAUUCAUUGAUGGCAAUGGCGAUGGGGAUGUCCACUUCAUUAUUUUAAUGUACUAUCAUCUACUUGUGUUUUAACUAAUAGAACAAAAUGCAAAUUAUCAACUCAAAUACACACUUGUUUCUUAUAGGACCUUAUGCUUUUACUUGUAAUUGUGCUGUUCUCAGUCUUCGACUUCUUAUCACAAUUUUAUGUACUUUAUUUAUAAUUCAAUAAUUGAAUUUCACGCUUGAUUUACUUGCAA